GCGUCAGGAGUUGUGUUGUCAAAAUGGCAGAACACGAUCAUCACCAUCACGUUUCUCCGUGUUUCUGCGAUUUCAUGAGGUUGUUGUGGUCCCUGGUCGCGCCCUGCGUCUACCUCAGCCUGGUCCUGACCCUCGUCCUGCUGCUGCUCGUGCUGGGGGUCCGGAUGUGGCUGCGGGGCCGCCGCAAGGCCCGCCGGGAGCAGGACGGCGGCGGCCCCGUGGUGGCUUUCUUCCACCCGUACUGCAACGCCGGAGGAGGCGGGGAGCGGGUCCUCUGGUGCUCCCUGAGGACCCUCAUGAACCGGUACCCCAGCAUCUCCUUCGUGGUCUACACUGGAGACCAGGGAGUGACCGGCGAGCAGAUUCUGGACGGAGCCCGACAGCGUUUCAACAUCGCGCUGCCUCGACCGGUCGCCUUCGUCUUCCUGCGACACCGCUCACUGGUGGAGGCCAGUUCUUACCCAUACUUCACCCUGCUGGGUCAGAGCGGCGGCUCCGUGUUCCUCGGCUGGGAGGCGCUGACCGCCUUCGUCCCCGACCUGUACGUGGACUCGAUGGGCUACGCCUUCACCCUGCCCAUCUUUCGUUACCUGGGAGGCUGCGCGGUGGCGAGCUACGUCCACUAUCCCACCGUCAGCACCGACAUGCUGUCUGCGAUCACAGAGAGGAACCCCGGGUUCAACAACGCUGACUUCAUCUCCAGAGACCCCGUGCUGAGCGCGGUCAAGGUGGUUUACUACUGCUGCUUCGCCCUGCUGUACGGCCUGGCCGGCUCCUGCAGCGACGUCAUCAUGGUGAACUCCACCUGGACGCUGGGACACAUCCUGUCUCUGUGGCGCUCCCCGAGCCGCACCAGCAUCGUCUACCCUCCCUGCGACGUCAGGGCCUUCCUGGACGUCCCACUGGAGGAGGAGAAGGAGAAGGGGGAGGAGGAGGAUAAAGGGGAGGAGGGCUGGGAGGAGCUUGGCCCGGAGCUGGAGCGUGAAGAGGAAGGAGAGCCGGACAGGAAGUGCCACUCCAUUGUGUCGGUGGGUCAGUUCCGACCAGAGAAGGACCACCGGCUGCAGAUUCGGGCGUUUCGCAAACUGCUGGACAGGAAGAGGGAGGGGCCUGGGGGCCGGGAGUCUCUGCGGCUCGUGCUGAUUGGCGGAUGCAGGAACCAGGAGGACGAGGAGCGGGUGCUGAUGCUGCGAGGCCUCUGUCUGGAGCUGGAUGUGGCCGACCGCGUCGACUUCAAACUCAACGUGCCCUUCGAGGAGCUGAAGAGGGAGCUGGUGAACGCCAGCAUCGGUCUGCACACCAUGUGGAACGAACACUUUGGUAUCGGCGUGGUGGAGUGUAUGGCUGCAGGCACCAUCAUCCUCGCUCAUAAGUCUGGAGGUCCAAAGCUGGACAUCGUGGUACCGUAUGAAGGCGGACAGACGGGCUUCCUGGCCGACAGCGAGGGGAGCUACGCCGCUGCCAUGGAAACCAUCUUGGCGCUGUCUCCGUCGGCCAGACUGGAGAUCCGACAUAACGCCCGGCGCUCUGUGGAGCGAUUCUCUGACCAAGAGUUUGAGGCUUGUUUCCUCGCUGCCAUGGCGUCUCUGAUGAGUAAGCUGGAGCUAUGAGGAGGAUCAGCCGAGGCCCGGAGGUCCACCGGGGACCGGGACUUGUGGGGCGAAACGGUCACAUCCAUGUUUAAAACAAGCUUCCAACGCUGCGUCUCGUUCCUCAUUUAAAAUGGAGCCGUUGUUCAGUUCCUGGUGGACACCCACAGAUAAACUUGUCUUUCUUAUCCGCUGCAAUUUAGGAAAAAGAAACGGCAAAAAAAAACACAUUCCCAGUGACUUUGCACGUGUCAAACUCGACGAAUGUUCACCAAACGGACAGAAAGGUGGAGGAGCAACAGACGAGAAGCGCUGUUCAGUAUCAGCAGACCCGUCGGGGUUAGUGUCAUACGUCACGAUUCGACUGCGAGCCGUCAUGAGAACCUCCCCCGCUACAGGGAUGAUCGCGAAAAUGUCGAUUCAUCAAAAGGGACCCGGCUUCGGAGAAGCAGACGACGGACCAAACAUAAAAGUUUGAUUUAUAUCAAUCAAUCAAUCAAUAACGUAUUCAUGGUGAAGUUUCCAUCUCUUUUCCAGUUACUGAAUGAUGCUGAAAUGGAUGUGAUGGGGUUUGCAAAGUUAUUUUUCCUGAUGAAGUUCCCCAAAUGAAUUCUUGGUGUUUCUCUGCACAUCAACGGAGCACUUAAAGGUGUUUGGGUGAAGAUGCUGGGCAAAAUAUCACUCAUUUAAACGUUGUUUCACUUUCUGCAUACCUGUUUGUAAUGAGUUCACAAAGAUAUUAUCCUGUGUGAAAUAUAAAAGAUGUUUAUUUCAAAGAGGCAUUGUUAUUAAGAAUGUUCAUGUAGAGAAGAUGAGAAACUGAAGUUCCUUUUAAACAAUACUGAAAUAAAGACAAUCACCAAACACUU